UAAUGGAUAUUCAUAAUUAAACUUGUAGGCUUAAUGCUGAAUAAAGAAAGAAAUUAGUUUAACUAAACUUAUAAGUUGCUCGUUUAUGUGAGAAAGCUUAUAUGAAGAAACAUUAAAUUCAUUUGAGACAAGGAUUAAAAUUGUAAAUGUUUGAAAUAUAUUGAAUAUAGCAUGAAAGAAUUGAGACUGCGUAAAAAUGAAGGUAUAUAAUGUUGUGAGGAUACAAGACAAGUUUAUUAAGAAUAUAGAAUAUUAUUACUAUUAAUAAGUUAUGGAGAGAAAGUUGUUAAUCAAGAAUUAGAUGCUAAAUGUAUAAAAAUAGAUAUUUUAGAUCAUUUAAUUACUCAAAAUGAGAUAAUGGCAGCCUAAAUGAGUAUAGAUGAUUAAAGUAUUCUAGAUUUAAUUGAAUAAAUGAAUAGUUUGAUAAAUUAAAGGUUGGAUUAUUGUUUUAAAUGUAAAAUAUGUCUUAUGUAUUCAAUAGUAAAAAUAUAAAAUUUUGGGAGUAUAUCAUUUAGAGUAAGUAAGUUUAGUAAGGAUAGUCCAAGUUCUGUUAGAGAUUCUCAUAGGUUGAAUUCCUUUUCGGAUUAUAUCAGUUUGAAGUAAGUAAAAUAAUGACACAUUUCAGUCUAACCGAAGAAACAAAUGAAUCUGAAAAAAGAACACGAUCAAGACCUUCUACUCCAGCGAGAUCAUCAGUGUCAAUCAUGGGGAAUCUAAAGAAAAGUGGAAAAAUAAGCUAGUUUCUAUAAAGAUAAUAGUCUGCUCAAACAAUUAAGAAUUAAGAUGAAUCUGAAUAAGAGAAACUAAGUCAUUUUUAAACAAAGAAGAAAAGUUGUUUUGCAUAAACAGCAAGUUCUGAAAGUGAAUUAGAUAUAAGCAUAGAAAAUUCAGAUUAAUAAAUGAAAACAAUAGAGUCAACAGAAUAGAUAUUAUUUGAAUAAGAUUGUUUUUUUGCUUCUUAAAAAGGUUAUUUUUCUGAUAGUGAAAUAAUUAAAUUGGAUGCUGAAAAUAGAAAUUAGGAAAGGAAUAUAUGUUUAAAAGAUUUUUAAUUUAUAAGAUAAAUAGGAUAAGGUGCUUAUGGUGGAGUAUUUUUGGUUAAACGAAUAGCAACAGGUGAUCAUUAUGCAUUGAAAAUAAUAAAUUGUUCAAAUAGACCAUUUGAAAGACUAUUAACAUAAUUAAAAUAGGAAAGAAAUAUAUUUGAAAUAUUAACAGGAGAAUAUGUUGUAAAAGCAUUUUAUUCAUUUUAACAUUAAUCUUCUUUAUGUUUUGUAUAAGAAUAUAUGGUUGGUGGAGAUUUUGCAAAGAUUUUAAUGAUUGAAGGAGUAAUCAUUAAUUAUUAUUUAGGCAUUUGAUGAAAAUAUUGCAAGACAUUAUUUUGCUGAAAUUCUAUUGGCAUUAGAAUAUUUACAUAGUAAUAAUAUAGUUCAUAGAGAUUUAAAACCAGAAAAUAUUUUAUUAGAUUAGAAUGGACACAUUAAAUUAGCUGAUUUUGGUUUAAGUGAAUUGGGAUUUAAUAAAAUGAUGGUCAAAAGAAAAGCUAGUUAAAGAGAUAUUCUUAAAUAAGAUUUAUCAUCUUCUCCUGGAUAUAUUAUUUAAAGAGGAGCAUCAUUUAAAAAGUCUAGAUCAAAUAAUAGUUAAUAUGAUAAAGGAUCUGAAGAAGAAAGAAGAAGAAUUGUUGGAACUCCAGAUUAUAUUGCUCCUGAAAUUAUUAAAGGAAUUUCAUCAUCUAAUAAAACACUUGAUUAUUGGUCUUUAGGAGUUAUACUUUUUGAAUUUUUAGUUGGUAUUCCACCUUUUAAUGAUGAAUCAGUAGACAAAAUAUUUUCUAAUAUUUUGGAAGGAAAAAUAGAUUGGCCAGAUAUUGGAGAUGAUCCAGAAUCUUAAAUUUCAGAAUGUGUUUUUGAUUUAUUGAAAUAAUUAUUGAAUCCUGAUUUCAAUUAAAGGAUUGGUCAUGAAUCAAUAGAUUAAAUUAAAAAACAUCCAUUUUUACAUUCAAUCAAUUGGAAUACAUUAAGAAAUAAACCAGGACCAAUUAUUCCUAGAAUUCCAUAAGCUCAAUAAUAAUAAUUCGAAAAUGUUUAAGAAAAGCUAUAAAAAUUCCUUUAAAGAGGUGAAAAAAAACAUUCAUAAAUUGUCAAAAAAUUAUAAGAUGAAUUAGAAUAUUUAGAAAGAGUUGAUUUGUUAAUUGCCACAAAUGAAAAAGAAGUACUACAAAUAAAAUAACAAUAUAACUUAUGA